AUGUCAUCUGAGGGAGCAUCGACCGAGUAUGAUCUUGUUGUGAUUGGUGGAGGUAGUGGAGGUAUGGGCCUUGCUCGGCGGGCAGCCGAGUAUGGAGCACGUGUGGCGGUGGUGGAGAAGGACCGGCUCGGCGGAACGUGCGUCAACGUCGGCUGUGUGCCCAAGAAGGUCAUGUGGAAUGCCGCCAAUCUGGCGUCGACUCUGGGAUACAUGCCUGGCUACGGACUUGGGGUGAGCAAGGAGGCGCUUGCUCUUGAUUGGCCCACGCUCAAGGCCAACCGCGAUGCCUACGUCGCACGGCUCAAUGGCAUCUACGAGCGCAACCUGGCAAAGGCCAACAUCGAGUACGUGGUCGGCUCUGCGAGCGUGGCGGGCAAGGGCCUCGUUGCGGUUACUGCUGCGGACGGGUCCGUGACUGAGCUCAAGGCCCCUCACGUUGCCAUUGCCACCGGCGGCUACCCGUGCAUCCCGCCCGAGAUGGUUGGCGGCGAGCACGUCAUCACCUCGGACGGCUUCUUUGAGCUGGAGGAGGCGCCGGCAAAGGCCGCCAUCAUCGGCGCUGGCUACAUUGCGGUCGAGCUGGCCGGCGUGCUUGCCGAGCUCGGGACCGAGGUCCACCUGUACGUGCGCAAGCACGCGGCGCUGCGGGCGUUUGACGCCGACGUCGUCGAGUCGCUCACCGACGCGCUCGAGCACUCGGGCAUCAUCCUCCACACCUUUUCGCCGAUCGGGAGCGUGGCCAAGGACGAGGUGUCGGGCAAGCUGACGGUGACGACUGCUGGCGAGAACGUCGAGGUCAUUGACGGCUUUGACGUCGCGGUUGCGGCCAUCGGGCGGUGCCCCAACACCGACGGGCUCGGCCUGGCGGAGCUUGGUGUGGCAGUGCAGGACUCGGGCCACAUUGUAGUCGACGACUUCCAGAACACGUCUGUCGAGGGUGUGUACGCGCUCGGCGACGUGUGCAACAAGCGUGUGGACCUCACGCCGGUGGCGAUUGCGGCCGGGCGCAAGCUUGCGGCACGGCUGUUCAAGGGCGACGCCACAGCCAAGAUGGACUACACCAACGUGGCGACGGUCGUCUUCUCGCACCCGCCCAUCGGCACUGUCGGGCUCACCGAGGCCGAGGCGCGGGAGCAGUUUGGCGACGACGCGGUGACCACCUUCCGCUCGCGGUUCACCAACAUGUUCUACGCCAUGGGUGACGACAAGCCAAAGACAAUGAUGAAGCUUGUGUGUGUCGGCGACGAGCACCGGGUUGCCGGCAUCCACAUUCUCGGCCUUGGCGCUGACGAGAUCAUCCAGGGCUUUGCCGUUGCCGUCAAGAUGGGCGCGACCAAGGCCGAUCUCGACGCCACCUGCGCCAUCCACCCGACUGCUGCCGAGGAGCUUGUGACCAUGAGGAUCUCCCCCUAG